AUGAAGGAUUUGGGAAAAUUAAAAUAUUUUCUUGGGCUUGAAAUUGCUCGUGGACCAGAAGGGAUUUAUGUUUCACAACGAAAAUAUGCUCUCGACAUCAUUGCUGACGCUGGUCUUCUUGAUGCUAAACCAUGCUCUGUUCCAACAGAAUUAAAUCACAAACUCGCUCUUGCUUCAGCUCCACCACAUACGAAUCCCCAACAGUAUAGACGUCAUAUCUAUCUCACUUUUACACGUCUGGAGCUCAGCUACAAUGUUCAUAUUCUGUCCCAGUUUAUGCAGAAUCCAUUGGAGGAACAUUGGCUCGCAGGGUUACGAGUUGUCAAGUAUCUCAAAGGAUGUCCUGGACAGGACAAAGAAACAACAUACCGUCUCACGUUCAUCUGCAGAAGCGGAAUAUUGGUCUAUGGCGGAUGCAACAUGUCUUUUGGAGCAUUUGGAGCACGUAGGAGCAAAGGAAGGACUUGGCGCAUGGACGCAGCUCAACUGGACACGCAAAGGAAGAAGGAGGAAGUCAUCUUGAAGACCAGCUCGACCAUCUACUCGACCAACCAUCGAGUUCCUCAACUCGACCGGCCAAGCUUCAACUCGAUCGAGCUGAGAAGUCAACAGUCAAACCCGAAAAAUGUUGCUUCCCCCUUGACUUCCCUUUGA